AAUGGUGUUUCACAGCCGAAAGUUAGAAAGGCGCCUUUUGUCAGGAUUUUACUUUCCGCUGAGGAGGAUCGCAGAAUGUAAUCGGGCUUAUCGGUUCAUCUAAACAGCAGAUUUCGUGCUGAAAAGGUGAAUUUUGUCGCUGGGUUCAGAGGAAGUGUAAUGCCACUGCUGAAUCCCCCUCGCCGGUGAGAAGAAAGAGAGAAAGAGAGAGAGAGGUGGAAGUGAAGGAAUAUCGAAAGGAGGGUGGUGGUUAAAGAGCAGGUCUCCUCGCGUGUGGCGUGAUAAGGGCGCUAGGUAUCAAUCUAUGUCAGAGUGAUCGCAAGAAGGGAGAAGAUUAAGAUGUGCAUAAGAUAUUAGCUUGGCGACAACGGGGCGAUCGACAAGGGAGCUGGAGGCUGGAGCGACAUUCAAAGCUUGCAAGAGGGAAUCAUCCCCGUGCGCAUGAUAGGCAUGGUUCGCGCAGCACCCGUAGCAACGUUGCACUUGUAGCUCCAAUCUUGGUCAAGAGCUUCCCGAGCUCACUUUCGUUUUUACAUUUCUUUUUAGAUCCUCACCCCGAGCUUUUUUUUUUUUUUUUUUUUUUUUUUUUCAAUUUUGUUUUUGUUUUGUUUUGUUUUGUCGCCAAGCAUCUCAUCCUGUGUGCGACGUUACAAACUUGCCCAUGUUGAGGAGUUUCUAGCUCCAUGUAAAAGACUUCUCCCGCAUUCGAUCUCGGCCUUUGCUUGAAUGCGAAGCGCUCCUUGUGCGCGAAGUUCGAAAAUUUCGCUCUGCAACUAAGACUACCGUCCACAGCCUUAUGCCAGCCGCUUUCGAGAUCGCUGCUCACUUUUAGCUUAACCUUAGCCGCAGGACAAUAUCGAUGACCGACAGGAGGUAAUUGGUGUGCAAGUGGGUGCUCGGAUUGCGGGGAUCUUGGGGCAAUGGCGGGGUCGGGGAUCGCUGCAUGGAAUUUUGUGACGCGUGUCGGCAGUCAGUUGGUGCUGGACGGGCACCCAUUCUACGCGAAUGGGUGGAACUCGUAUUGGCUGAUGGUUACUGCUUCAGAGGGCAGCACGCGGUCGAGUGUGGACACAAUUUUGCGCGACGGAGCGUCGCUGGGGCUCACGGUGUGCCGCACUUGGGCAUUCAACGAUGACACCUACCAAGCGCUGCAGAUGUCUCCCGGGAGAUACGACGAGAAAGUGUUUCAGGCGUUGGAUUAUGUGAUACAUCAAGCCAGAUGUAAUGGGGUGAGGUUGCUUCUGAGCUUCGUGAACAAUUGGAAGGACUAUGGUGGUAAACCCAAGUAUGUGGAAUGGGCUAGGGCGGCAGGAGAGAACACUACCUCGGAUGAUGCUUUCUUUAGAAAUUCCAAGUGCCGCCAGUUUUACAGAGACCAUGUCAAGGCUGUGCUAACAAGAGUGAACACCAUUAACCAAGUGGAAUAUCGCAACGAUCCGACCAUCUUUGGUUGGGAGCUUAUGAAUGAACCUCAAUGCCCAUCCGAUUCCUCAGGACAUGCUCUCAAGGCAUGGAUUGAAGAAAUGGCUGCGUAUGUAAAGAGUCUGGACAAUAACCACCUCCUGACAGUUGGCUCGGAGGGAUUCUACGCAUCCAACAGCGAAGGAUGGUCUAGCGCCAAUCCAAAUAGCUACGCUGGUACGAUAGGCACCGACUUCAUUCGAGACCAUCGGGUAACUGGCAUUGAUUUCGCCACGGUUCAUGCCUACCCAGAUUCUUGGCUAGGCACUGACAAUGUGGACGAAAAGCUCGAAUUUUUCAACCGCUGGGUGAGAGCCCACAUUGAGGAUGCAGAGAGGGUCCUUCGUAUGCCAGUGCUCUUUACCGAGUUUGGCCUCUCAGACAAGAAAUCCGGCUUCUGCGAGGAGAAGCGCGAUGCAUUCUACAGCAUAGUCUACGACCAAGUGUAUCAGAGUGCCCAGAACCAGGGGGCUGCAGCAGGAGCUCUUCAAUGGCAGCUUCUCCCCCCAGCGAUGUGCGAUUGGAAUGAUGGAUAUGGCUGUGAUCCUGGGUGCGGGUCAGGCAUCUGCAACCUGAUGGCAAAUCAGUCAGCAAGGCUUAAGUUUAUUUCUAGUACCCCUGGACACUGCCACAACGAGUCUGACAUGGAUUUACACGGUAUGUUCGGGCGGAGGAAUCAUGGAGAUAACUCGACGUCUUCACCCCACCGCCACUCCAUCUCCAACGUGAUCAAAAGUGGCUUACGUCAUAUCUUUAAGUAAUCACAGAUUGAUACCCAGUUUUACACUGAAAGGGAAGUUGAAAGUGGUUCUCACUUGGAACUUCAUUGCAAGUGAUCAUUAAUUUCUCUGCAUUUCUGAACUAGAAGUUCAGAAGUAAACUCUCUCUCUCUCUCUCUCUCUCUCUCUCUAUAUAUAUAUAUAUAUAUAUAUAUAUAUAUAUAUGAUAUAUAUAUGAUAUAUAUAUAUAUAUAUAUAUAUAUAUGAUAUAUAUAUGAUAUAAUAUAUAUAAUAUGAUGUAUGUGUUAUAUUAUAUAUAUAUUAUAUAUUUGUUUGGGGGAAAUCUAUGACGCGGUUGGGUUGAGGAAGGAAGAUUUCCAUUCAGUGCAGCCUGCUGCUGAAGAUAGGCGUAGUUGUAACUUGUGGGAUAUCAGUUGAGUGUAUUCAAGUAGUAGUUUCUGGAGUUAGUGUGCGUCCUUGUGCAACAAGGACGAGAUGAGAAUCGACCAAGUAUCAUAAUUUGUCCCUCUCCUCCCCCUGAGGGACAACGACAAAUAUUCUACUUCGGCCCCAUCGAAGUAGGACUUUUCAAGGCAGUGUGUUUUUAUGCCUGUUUUUAUGUUUUGAUUUUUUGGGGGUCUUCUGGAACUGUUAAUUAGAAGUGAGAAUAUUUACGACUGAUUAUUUUUAAUUUGUAAAUCUGUUAAUAAAUUCAUCAUAUUGACCAA